AUGAGGUUCCUAUCCGUGUUGGAGCUAGUCCUCUCCUUCUGUAUCCUCUUCUAUGUAAUAGUAUGUGUGGAGAUCCCUGCUUGGAAGUUCUUCGAUCACGACGUGUACUUCAAAGUCGUGGACCCUGCAGAGAUCGGAUACUACUACAGAGCAAGUCCAGCUAAAGAUUUCGGAAAAGGUUUCAACAAAUACUUCGAGCACACACUGCUAGUGGUGGCUGACCCGGUUUCGGGAUGUGCUGACUUCAUUAACUCUCACAACAUACCUGGGAACUUCAUUCUGGUGGAGAGGGGUGAAUGCUCUUUUGUUGAGAAGAUAGCUCGUUGUGAAAAAGCGGGUGCUAUCGGUGUUAUUGUGUACGACAAUAACCCCGAUAACAGAUCUAACUUAGUGGCUAUGAUAGAUGAUGAUAGAGGGGUCGAGAUCAACAUACCUUCCCUUUUUAUUGUAGGCUCGGAUGGGUUCCACAUUAAAAGGGCAUUGGAACGUAAUUCCAUGGAGAGCGCUAUAAUAAACGUGCCUAUAAACAUGACCUACGUUCCAGAACACCAAAUCCAGAAACCUCCCUGGACAAAGAUUCUUUAAUGGACUCAGGAUAAAGUUUUAGUUAAAGUUUAUUUCUAGAUUUAAGUUUAGCUCAGUAUUCGAUUGAAUGAGCUGCAUUGUUGGGACUAGGAUUGUGAUGUUUUAUUGUUAGAUCUUGGAAAGUAUACAGAGUUAUAUUCAGAUAUUCUGAGUUGGUUAUGUUUGUUUUUACUAUCCACAGUUAUCUUUAUAAUAUGAUAGAUGUUGAAGUUUAAGUAAGCUGGUUGGGAUUUAUUCUUUUGAAGUAAAGUUGUGAACGUUUUGUUUUAUUUCUGCGGUAUCUUUAGUACUUUUCAAUUCUUGCUUUAUAGUUUAUAACAUUGAGAAGUUUGUAAAUUUUCAAUAUUUAUGGAAAAUAGAUUGUUUUACUGACUGAUUAGUUUUCUACAGCAAAUCAGUUUAACUUUUAGCUAUCAAUAUAACACGUCAAAUGCCAUAAAUUUC